UGAGAAAAAUCAUAAGUCAUGAUGACAUACAAAACAUGACACAAACUUCUUUAUACGUCACAUUAUUUUAACUCGGAAAUGUAACAAAUUUUUUGGACAACAUACAAACCAAUAACAUUUAGCAGUAAACAUGAAAAUUCGCCGUGAAUUGCUAUCACUUAUAGCGCGGCAAUGGCAGUCGGUUCGCGUAAGACGGAUGUCAGACGAUUCUCUCGCCGUCACUGACUGCGGGCCCAACAUGGAGGAGCGUCACAUAUGCUCCGUGGAUCCUUUGGACCCUCAAAAAUGCUACCCGGAGCCAAAAGUAGUGAUCAUCGGAGCAGGCAUGGCGGGCUUGUCGGCCGCGGCCAGGCUCUCGCAGCGCGGCAUCAACAACUUGGUCGUGCUUGAAGCUUACGAGAGACCUGGAGGUCGAAUACACUCUUGUUGGCUCGGAGACAUCGUCGCUGAACUAGGUUCACACUGGAAACCAGACAACGCGUUCACACAUCCCAUUUAUACGAUGUCUGCUACCGAGGAUCCUCCACGUCCAGGUGUUCCCGGUUCAGAACAUACUCGAGGACUAUUCAACCGAAUCGUGACCGGUAAAAUGCCAUUUCCACCAACAAUUAGUGCCUAUCAUAAGUUUAGGCAGAUUGAACAAGAGGCUGCACAAAUAUACUGUCUCGGAGGCAGUAAGCAAGCAGGCUCACUAAUUAAUUUCAUAAGUUUGAGGAUUCAACAAGAACUGCACGAGUAUCCUGACGAUCAACAACAUGACGCCGCAAGGAUAAUGUUUGGACUGUCGCACAUGCUGAGCGCGCGGUGCGGCGACGACACGGCCAUGCUCUGCGCUGACCAUAUCGGAUGCUUCAUGAACAUGCCCGGCGGCGAAGUGCGUGUUCCCUUAGGAUUAGUGGGAAUACUAGCUCCGCUUCUGCGACAAAUACCCGAAGGAGCCAUUCGAUAUUGUAAGCCAGUUAACUGUAUCUACUGGGGAACUUCGCAAAAAGAAGGUUAUCGAGCCACCGUUUGUACUACAGACGGGGAAGAGUUUCCUGCUGAUUAUGUCAUCGUUACCGUGUCACUUGGAGUGUUAUUUGCAAACGCUGUGAAAAUGUUCUGCCCUGCAUUACCAGCUUCCAAAAUGGAUGCUAUGCGAUGCCUCGGAUUCGGAUACUGUAAUAAAAUCUAUCUGGAAUAUUGUCGUCCCUUUUGGUUUUGGCACAAAGGAAAUUUAAACUUCAAAUUCUGCUGUAAUGAACUUUGCGAUCGUCCCGACUGGACUAGAGGGUUGACGUCAAUAGAAGUAGUUCCAAAUAGUAAGCAUGUGAUGUGCGCUUGGGUCGUUGGCCAAGAAGCUAUGAUGAUGGAAGGUCUCUGCGACAAAGACAUAGCUGAAGGUCUCACGGAAAUAUUGCGCAUUUCGACAGGAAACCCUUGCAUACCAUAUCCAAUAACAAUUUUGAGGUCGCAUUGGACUUCAGAUCCAUUCUUCUGUGGAGCUUAUUCUUAUGAUUAUUUUGGUUCUGAAGGGCAAGCACAACGUGCAUUGGCAUGUCCGCUGCCGGGGCCCAGCGAUCCUAUACCUCCGAUCCUCCUGUUCGCCGGCGAGGCGACCGUCCCGGGCCACUACGCGACCGUGUCUGGUGCUAGACUGAGUGGUGUAAGAGAAGCUGAGAGAAUUGUACAUUUAACAGCACAGUAUAAAGGUCCACCUUUACCUGUAGCUGUAAAAGAAAAAUGUAAAAAAGAAGAGAAAAAAGCUGAAUGAAACCAUUCUAAAGCAUUGUUAUAAUGCAGAAUUUUCUAAGUCAAAUCCUUCGUCCCUUGUCACAAAGUGAGAAAUAUAUGCAAAGUUUCUGUUUUA